AUGAGAAAAACACUUAGAUUAGUUGAUCUUAAAACAUUUUUAUAUACUCAAUUGACCUAUAAAGAAUUAAUAAGCAAUGUAUUUGAUAUCAAAGCUUUAUAUAUAGAAGUGGAUUCUUUGAUAGUAGAACCUGCACAAGCAACUACAGUAACAUCUACAACUACUA